GUUUGUUUUGAUAAUAAAACUAAUUUUGAUAUUUAAUAUAAAAUGAGCAUGGACAUUCCAAUUGGAGACCUGGCGUACAAUUGUUUCGCUAAAUUGGGGAAAUCAGGAAAACCGAACCCCGAAAGUGAAUACACGGUAUUAGCGGCUAUUGUUUGCGAGCGUAAGGAUUGCGAUAAUAAGUCAAUUGGACGACAAGUGGUGGCCCUCACGACGGGAACCAAAUGUCAACCGUCCAACUGGUCGUCCAAACAACACCUGAUCGUCGACUCACACGCGGAAUCACUUUUGAAGAGAGCGUUUAAAAGAUAUCUGAUCUCACAAUUAGAGAACGGCCUUAAAGUCGAUAAUUUAGACAUAAGUUUAUUCAUAAGUCAAUUGCCGUGCGGUUCACUACAACGAUGGAAAGGAGACCCUAAUUACGGCUUAAAUGACACCCAAACUGAUAGAAAGCCGGGCAGAGGAGAGCCCUGUCAUAAACCGACGUGUCUUAAGAAAAUUGCGAAAUGGAUUUAUUUGGGAUUACAGGGGAAGAGAUUAAUUGAAUGCACAAAAGAUCCGAUUUAUAUAAAUAAUAUCGUAAUCGGAAAUUGCGGCCAAAUUGGCGAAUACGACGAGCAAAUGAUUAAGGAUUUGCUCGCAUUGGACGCCAAUUGUGUGUCACAUAAUCCCUUUAAAUUAGAUUUUUUGCCACAAAUCAAGUUUUGCAAAGACUUUCGAAACGAUUUAUUCAUUAAAUGCAAUGAAAAACAAUCGGCGCCGACAGCGCUCGUCAUGUGGUUAACAGGUAUU